GCCGGGAGAGCGGAGUCUCCUGCCUCCCGCCCCCCACCCCUCCAGCUCCUGCUCCUCCUCCGCUCCCCACACACAGACAAGCUCACACCCGCUCCCUCACUCGCACACACAGACACACGCGCGCACACACGCUCCUCACACACACUCCACUCUCUCCCGCGCGCUCACACCCCUCUCGCCCUGCGCCCUCGCGGGUGCAGCGCUGCGCGGCAGGCGGACGCCCCUCCCGGUCUCACUUUGCAACGCUGACAGCGCCGGCGGUGGCUGUGGAGGUGGGAACAGAAGCUGCAUCCUACCCCCUGGUCGCGGCCCGAGCCAGGACGCCCGCGGAACCCCUCGGCGGCGCUCUCCCAUGAGUCGGGAUCGUAGCAUCCCCUGCCAGCAGCUCACUGCCUCUGGGAGCCGCUGGACUUCUACACCGCAGCCCUUCCGGGACAGCAACUGUGACUCCCGCCCCCCCCCGCCGCCCCCAGUGCAGAUUUCGGGGCAGCUUUCUAGAAACUCGCUCUAAAGACGGAACCGCCACAGCACUCAAAGCCCACUGCGGAAGAUCGCAGCCCGGCAAGCCCCAGCCCUGAGACUGGACCCUCAGCGGAGCCGGGCAGCACCUCCGCCGCUUCGCCCCGCCAGACGUCCCCGCCUCCUCCACUCUCAGCCUCCGCUGGAGAGACCCCCAGCCCCACCAUUCAGCGCGCAAGAUAUCCUCCAGGUAUGCCCUGCGUGCAAGCCCAGUAUAGCCCUUCACCGCCAGGUUCCAGUUAUGCAGCACAGACAUAUGGUUCGGAAUACACCACGGAGAUCAUGAAUCCUGACUACUCCAAGCUGACCAUGGACCUCGGCAGCACCGAGAUCACGGCCACGGCUACCACGUCCCUGCCCAGCUUCAGUACCUUCAUGGAGGGCUACUCGAGCAACUACGAACUCAAGCCCUCCUGCCUGUACCAAAUGCAGCCGUCGGGGACCCGGCCUUUGAUCAAGAUGGAGGAGGGCCGCACGCACAGCUACCACCAUCACCACCAUGACCACCACCACCACCACCAUCACCAGCAGCAGCCAUCCAUUCCGCCCCCCUCCGGCCCGGAGGACGAGGUGCUGCCCAGCACCUCCAUGUACUUUAAGCAGUCCCCGCCGUCCACCCCCACCACGCCGGGCUUCCCCCAGCAGGCGGGGGCGAUGUGGGACGACACGCUGUCCUCGGCACAGGGCUGCAUCGCACCCGGCCCGUUGCUCGACCAGCCAAUGAAGGCGGUGCCCACGGUGGCAGGCGCGCGCUUCCCGCUCUUCCCCUUCAAGCCCUCGCCGCCGCACCCGCCCGCGCCCAGCCCCGCAGGCGGCCACCACCUCGGCUACGACCCGACGGCCGCCGCCGCGCUGAGCCUGCCGCUGGGAGCCGCCGCCGCCGCCGCCGCCGCCGCAGGCAGCCAGGCAGCCGCGCUCGAGGGCCACCCGUAUGGGCUGCCGCUGGCCAAGAGGGCGGCCGCGCUGGCCUUCCCGCCGCUCGGCCUCACGGCCUCCCCCACCGCAUCCAACCUGCUGGGCGAGAGCCCCAGCCUGCCGUCACCGCCCAACAGGAGCUCGGCGUCGGGCGAGGGCACGUGCGCCGUGUGCGGGGACAACGCCGCCUGCCAGCACUACGGUGUGCGCACCUGCGAGGGCUGCAAGGGCUUCUUCAAGAGAACAGUGCAGAAAAAUGCAAAAUAUGUUUGCCUGGCAAAUAAAAACUGCCCUGUAGACAAGAGACGUCGAAACCGAUGUCAGUACUGUCGAUUUCAGAAGUGUCUCGGUGUCGGAAUGGUUAAAGAAGUCGUCCGUACAGAUAGUCUGAAAGGGAGGAGAGGUCGGCUGCCUUCCAAACCAAAGAGCCCAUUACAGCAGGAAGCCUCUCAGCCCUCUCCACCUUCUCCUCCAAUCUGUAUGAUGAAUGCCCUCGUCCGAGCUUUAACAGACUCAACGCCCAGAGAUCUCGAUUAUUCCAGAUACUGUCCCACUGACCAGGCCGCUGCAGGCACAGAUGCCGAGCAUGUACAACAGUUCUACAACCUUCUAACAGCCUCCAUUGACGUAUCUAGAAGCUGGGCAGAAAAGAUUCCCGGAUUUACUGAUCUCCCCAAAGAAGAUCAGACAUUACUUAUAGAAUCAGCCUUUUUGGAGCUGUUUGUUCUCAGACUUUCCAUCAGGUCAAACACUGCUGAAGAUAAGUUUGUGUUCUGCAAUGGACUUGUCCUGCAUCGACUUCAGUGCCUUCGUGGAUUUGGGGAGUGGCUCGACUCCAUUAAAGACUUUUCCUUAAGUUUGCAGAGCCUGAACCUUGAUAUCCAAGCCUUAGCCUGCCUGUCAGCACUGAGCAUGAUCACAGAACGACAUGGGUUAAAAGAACCAAAGAGAGUGGAGGAGCUAUGCAACAAGAUCACAAGCAGCUUAAAAGAGCAUCAGAGUAAGGGACAAGCUUUGGAGCCCACCGAGCCCAAGGUCCUGCGUGCCCUGGUAGAACUGCGGAAGAUCUGCACCCUGGGCCUCCAGCGCAUCUUCUACCUGAAGCUGGAAGACUUGGUGUCUCCACCUUCCAUCAUCGACAAGCUCUUCCUGGAUACCCUGCCUUUCUGAGCAGGAGCAGCCUGAGCAGGGAGCUGCCUCAUGUGCUAGCAGCCGCUUGCCAAGCAGCGGAGGGAUGGGUCUGGACACCUACCAUUUUCUGUCCUUCCUUAAGAGAAAAAGCAAGCUCCUGUAGAAAUGAAAGACCUUUUUUUUCUUUUUUUUUUUUCCUGGCACUUUUCCUUACAACUGAAAGCCAGAAAACUUGCAGAUUAUUGUGUUGGGGUUGUGUUUUAUAUUUAGGCUUUGGGGUUGGGGUGGGGGGGGGGGGUGGGGUAUAGUUCAUGAGGGUUUUCUAAGAAAUUGCUAACAAAGCACUUUUGGACAAUGCUAUCCCAGCAGGAAAAAAAAUAAUAAUAAUAAUAACUGUUUUAAAACUCUUUCUGGGGAAUACAAUUAUAGUUGGUUUGUAUUUAAAAACAAGAACAGCCAAGGGUUGUUCGCCAGGGUAGGAUGUGUCUUGAGAUUGAUCCCUUUAGAGUACACUUCUUGUAUCAAGGGUACAUAUGUGGUGCAAACAAAGCAGAAAUUCCCUCUUCCUAAUUUCUUUCUUCCUUAUUUUAUUUUAACAAAUGGUGAAAGAUGGAGGAUUACCUAUAAAUCAGACAUAGCAAAAUGAUAAUGGCUGUUCGCUUCCAUAUACAAGUGCAAUUUUUAAAGUGCUGUCUUACUAAGUCUUGUUUAUUAACUCUCCUUUAUUUUAUAUGGAAAUUGAAAGGAGGCAGUCAUGUUAGCAAAUGACACAUGCUAAUUUUCCUAGCAGAGGCUUUGUCCACCUGCCCUUUAGAACCCUUCUGAGGUAUGGUCCAUCCAAGAAUUUAGGCCAUUCUUGAUGGAUACAGAUCCCCGCCCUGACUGUCCAACUGUCCUAAAGGGGGCUCAGAUUAUAAGAUGGAUUGCAUACAGCUUUUUUUUUUUUUGUCAUGUUCUGUAAAUCCAGCCGGAGUUCCCUAAACUUUCUUCAGUUAUAGAAACCGACUGACACAUUCAUUCAGAAGCCCCAGGAGCAUUCAAUGAGUUUUAAGCGUUUGAACCCUAGAUGAGAACAUGCAAAUGAGUAGGAAUGGAUCAUACAGGGUAAGCACCAGGGAUAAUAAGGUUUUUAAAAUAUAUAUAAUUUAAUUUUUGUUAUCGGUUAAAGAGACAAUUUUGGAGAACAAGCAAGUCUUAUUAUAAAAAAAAAAAUAGUGUGAAUGUAAGUACUUAGAAAGGAUUAGUGGGCUGCGUUUCAACAUUCCGUGUUCGUACUCCCUUUUGUAUGUUUAUACUGUUAAUGCCAUAUUAUUAUGAGAUAAUUUGUUGCAUAGUGUCCUUAUUUGUAUAAACAUUUGUAUGCACGUUAUAUUGUAAUAGCUUUGCCUGUAUUUAUUGCAAGACCACCAGCUCCUGGAAGCUGAGUUACAGAGUACUUAAAUGGGGUGUUCACAGUGAACUUGGAUACACCAAUUAGAAAUUAAAUAAGCAAAUAUAUAUAUAAAUAUAGCAGGUUACAUAUAUAUAUUUAUAAUGUGUCUUUUUAUUAACCAUUUGUACAAUAAAUGUUACUUCCCAUGC